AUGGCCGCCUCUCCAUCCUCCUCCUCAGCCGGUGGGGUCAGUGGAAGUUCUGUCGCUGGAUCUGGUUUCAGUGUCUCAGACCUUGCCCCACCACGGACAGCCCUUCUCACCUACCCCAAAGGAGCUGGGGAGAUGUUAGAAGACGGCUCUGAGAGAUUCCUCUGUGAAUCUGUGUUCAGCUAUCAGGUGGCGUCUACACUGCAGCAGGUGAAACAUGAUCAGCAAGUUGCUCGGAUGGAAACACUAGCUGGUUUGGUAGAAGAGCUGGAGGCAGAUGAGUGGCGGUUUAAACCCAUCGAGCAGCUGCUGGGGUUCACACUCUCUUCCUGUUGA